GUGGGGACUACUGAGAUUGGUAGACUUUUUUUACCAGCUGCAUCUUCUUCCCCGACCUUUCAGCCUUUUGUGGCUAUCUCUUCGAGUUUUGGACUUUUCCUUGCACUUUCAACUUUUCUUUCUCUAGAAACAAAACGCAAAUUAGUAAAAAAAGAGACGCAAAAGAAAAAAAGCAGCCGAGAAUAGAAGAGAAGAGCAUCGCACCAGCUGAGAUCGAUUCGUUUCUUUAAAGCAUUUGCAUUCUGAUUCAUGAUCUUUGAUGCAUUGUUAUUGAUCACACAUACAUAAUUGAGAGCAUAUCUCAACAAUGGUUCUUGGUUUGAGGUCAAAGAACCGAAAAGGCACAUCUAUUCAAGUUGAUUACCUAGUUCACGUACAAGAGAUUAAGCCUUGGCCGCCAUCGCAGUCUUUGAGAUCCAUUCAGUCAGUAUUGCUUCAAUGGGAAAGCGGUGAUCAAAAUUCCGGGUCAUUUAUUUCUACUGUUGGGGAUGCUAAUAUUCAAUUCAACGAGUCUUUCAUGCUCCCCUUAACUUUACGAAGAGAAAAAAGGGCCCAUGAUAAAUUUCAGAAGAGCUACUUGGAGUUCUGCUUGUAUGAGCCUCGUAAGGAGAGAGCAGCUAAAGGUCAACUCUUGGGGACAGCCAUAAUAAACCUUGCAGAUUAUGGAAUUAUCGGAGAAAUUGUAACCAUUAAUGUUCCUGUGAACUGUAAGAAAAUUUCUAAGAAUGUGGUGGCACCAGUUCUGUCGGUUAAAGUACAACAUGUUGAUAAGGAUAGCUCCAACUCAUCACCUAAGGUCUGCUUAUCAAAAGAAGUAUCACUUGAGAAGGAUGGACAUGAAUCUGUCUCUGAAUUGAUGAAUGAGGAAAAUGACGAUGAAUCUGAGAUAGCGUCUUUUACUGAUGAUGAUGUUUCCUCACAUUCAUCAAGGACUAUUGCCUCUUCUACCUUUGAGGCUGCAGGGGCGUCCCCAUCUCAAAUUGAAAAGAAUGGAUCAAAAUCAGCGAAGGAAAGCAUGGGUAGGGGUGUUGGAGAUCCUGCUCUACCUUUGCGAGUGGAGUGUGCAUUACAUGUGGUGAAUCCAGGGGCAGAGGCUUUGCAACAGCCAAAUGGUGCACACUUGUUAUCAUCAAUAGACUUAUCCUCUGAUCUAGGGAAUCCUGUAAAUGAUCCUGCGAAUUUGCCUAAAUUCCCCGAGAAAAACUUGACUUCAAUCCCGAAAGAAUCUGUUAUCCUCUUUGUUCAAUCUUCUUCCUUGUCUGUAGGAAAUCAAGAUACAAAUGGGGAGUCUAUUCACCGUACGAGAAGCUUUGAACAGGGAAAUAUGAUCCAAGAGUUGCGUGAAAAGAUUGCAGGCAACAAAGGCAAAAUUGCAACUAAAGAUACAAAUAAUCAGGGGGAUCUUAAUGCUGAUCUUGCAUGCUCCAGAGACUCUCAAGUCAAUGGAGAAGAUGAUGAACAAGCCUCUCGAUGGAGAAAAAGUGGCCAAGUGGAGGGCCUGGAGGCUACAAAUGUUAAUUUUGUAGAUGUUGGCAAAGUGGUUGGCAAAGAGAAAAAGCAACAAACAGAAUAUGAUCAUGUUGAAUUGAUCCUGGAGGAGAAAGGACAUUCUUCUGAAUACAAACAAAUUGGUAAAUAUCCAGAUGCCACCAGAAAGCAAGGUACAUUAAGAAGUGACACUUUUGUAUCCAGUAGGAGGGCACUUGGAGUUCAGGGCCCUACCAUAAACUAUGGUAAACUGAAGCACACAAAAUCUGUUCAGUUACCAUUUGAACCAGCUAAGGCCAAUGAAGUUUUCACCAAUGGUCNAUUAAGAAGUGACACUUUUGUAUCCAGUAGGAGGGCACUUGGAGUUCAGGGCCCUAACAUAAACUAUGGUAAACUGAAGCACACAAAAUCUGUUCAGUUACCAUUUGAACCAGCUAAGGCCAAUGAAGUUUUCACCAAUGGCCAGAAUAUGGAGAGGACAAAGAAUAGAUAUAAGCUCGAAGAUGCUUGUGAUGAUAUUACAAGUAAUCCAGCAGUGGAAAGGAAAGAACCAUCAAAUGGCUUUUGUGACAGUAAAAUUGAAUGGCAGAGUAGAAUUGAGAUGCUUGAGGAAGAGCUGAGGGAAGCUGCUGCUGUUGAGGUUGGCCUUUAUUCUGUAGUUGCUGAGCAUGGGAGUUCCACAAACAAGGUCCAUGCACCGGCCCGGCGCCUUUCUAGAUUCUUUCUUCAUGCUUGCAAAGAAAGAUCCAAAGCUAAAAGGGCAAGUGCUGCAAGAGCUUCCAUCUCCGGAUUAGUUUUGGUUUCUAAAGCAUGUGGGAAUGAUGUUCCUAGGUUAACAUUCUGGUUGUCAAACUCAAUUAUGCUGAGAGCAAUCGUAAGCCAGGCUGUCACUGAAAUGCCUCACAUUGGCGAAGCGAGGAAUAAUUCAACCGAGGAAUUUGAUGAUUGGGGGGACCCAGAAACUUUCUACAUUGCAUUGGAAAAAAUUGAAGCUUGGAUCUUCUCCCGCAUAGUUGAGUCCGUUUGGUGGCAGACUCUGACUCCACAUAUGCAUUCUGCAGCUGCAAAGACUGAUGCGAGAUCAAACUCGAGGAAGACGUCUGGAAAUAGAUAUGGUUUGGGUGAUCAAGGACAGGGAAAUUUCUCUCAAGAACUUUGGAAGAAGGCUUUCAAGGAUGCCUGUGAAAGGCUUUGCCCAGUUCGUGCUGGAGGGCACGAGUGUGGUUGCUUGCCUGUGCUGGCUAGAUUGGUGAUGGAGCAGUUGGUUGGCAGACUAGAUGUGGCGAUGUUCAAUGCCAUUCUUCGUGAAUCAGAUGAAGAAAUGCCGACAGAUCCUGUGUCUGAUCCCAUUAGUGAUGCUAAGGUCCUCCCAAUUCCUGCUGGAAAAUCAAGCUUUGGGGCUGGUGCACAAUUGAAAAAUGCAAUUGGGAGCUGGUCUAGAUGGCUUACAGAUCUCUUUGGUAUUGAAGAUAAUGACUCAUCUGAGGAUAACAAUAAUCUGGGUGAUGACAAGAGACUGGAACGUGAUUCGUCGUUCAAAGCUUUCCGCCUCCUGAAUGCUUUGAGUGAUCUCAUGAUGCUUCCGUUUGAAAUGCUUGCUGAUACAACUACAAGAAAAGAGGUUUGCCCUACAUUUGGUGCACCAUUGAUCAAGAGGGUUCUGUACAAUUUUGUUCCGGAUGAGUUCUGUCCAGACCCAAUUCCCGAUGCUGUUCUUGAGUCUCUGGAUUCUGAGGUUGGUCCUGCUGAUGAUAUGGCGGCUGCUGGAGAAUCUCUCUCAAGCUUUCCUUGUAUUGCAACUCCGACAACCUAUUCACCACCCUCAUCAUCCUCGCUUGCUCUCGUCAUAGGAAGGGUCGGAAGCCAAGCUUUAGAAAGAAGAAGGGUCGGAAGCCUAGCUUUAGAAAGAAGUGCAUCAUCAGUAGUCAAAAAAUCGUACACAAGUGAUGAUGAGCUCGAUGAGCUCGAUUCACCCUUGACUUCAAUAAUUGCUGACAGCUUCCGGGGUUCUCCCAGUUUCAAAAAUCUCAACUGGAUGCCAAAGGGAAAGGGUGGCCGAAACGUUGUCAGAUAUCAGCUCCUUCGGGAAGUAUGGCGAGAUGGUGAAUAG